AUGCUCGACAUCAUCUGCACACUACCUCUCAAAUCCGACCUAUUCGCUCAAGCGAUCCAUCCUUCCGAACCUCUCUUCGCCGUAGGCUUAUCCUCUGGACACGUGCAGGCGUACAAGCUCCCCUCAGAUUCCGACGCCAUCGAAGACUCGUCCGAAAACGAAUCCGCCUCUCCACGGGAAUCGACACACGCAGUCGAUGGUAGUUCCGAGCUACCUACCAUUGUUCCUUCGUUACGCAGAUCCUCGACCACGAGCGUCUCUGAAAGCGGACUGGGAUGGAUCGACACGAUCUGGUCUACAAGAAGACACAAAGGGUCCUGUCGGUGUCUGACCUUCAGUCACGAUGGGCAACUAUGUUACUCUGCAGGGACGGACGGUUUAGUCAAGGUAUUCACCACUGAGACGGGCAAGGUCGUCAGCAAGAUUGCCAUUCCACCUACAAUUUCCGGCAGUGGCCUCGACGGACCGACUGUGCUGCAUAAUCUCUCUCCACAAGCGCUUCUCUUGGGGACAGACUCGGGGAAGUUGUAUCUACACGAUUUGAGACAAAGCGGGCAGGAGAUCGUGCCGAAACCCAGCCAGACGUGGACUCCGCAUGGCGAUGAACAUAUCAAUGCGCUGGCGGCAUUGCCUGCCAGCGAGACAAGCACCAGCGGGUUUCCGAAACAAUGGGUCAGCGUAGGAGGUACUACACUGGCAGUGACUGAUCUGCGCAAGGGGACCAUUGCCGUCAGCGAAGACCAGGAGGUUGAGUUAACAAGUGUGGCGGCGAUUCAAGGCCUAAAGAAGGGCGGAACCAGUGUCGGCGAGAAGGUCUUGGUUGGUCAAGGAGACGGUGUGGUCAGUUUGUGGGAGAGGGGAGUAUGGGAUGACAUUGAUGAGCGGCUCGUCGUGGAUCGAGGUGGGCUGAGCAUCGAAAGUUUGGCAGAGGUGCCGUUCGGUUUUGGGGCUGGCAAGUUGAAGAUGAAUGAGAAGCUUGUCGCCGCCGGACUCGAAGACGGCAGGGUUCGCUUCAUCAGGGUCGGUCGUAACGGAGUGAUGACUGAUAUGGACGCAAAACAUGAUGAGAUCGAUGGGGUCGUUGGUUUGGGCUUCGACGUUGAAGGACGCAUGAUCAGUGGUGGUGGUCAAACUGUUAAGGUCUGGACAGAAGCCAAAGGUCUACCUGGUGGAGGACGCGGCGGAGCAUCCAAGCAUAAUAUGUCAUCGGACGAGGAGAGCGACGACUCCGAUAUGCAGGACAGCAGUGACGAGGAUGACAAACCAAAGUCGAAGCGCAAGAAACGGAAGAGGAAUAAGGGGAAAGACAAGUCGGGCGGGAAGGCGUUGGACUUUUCUCUCUAA